UUAGCAAUAACUACACACUUCAUCUAAAAAUUGUUUUGAAUCUUGAAUAAAAUUACAAUUUUUUUUUUUUUUUAAUCUGCAUAGGAAAAAAUGGAGAACCAAGUACUAGGAAAAACAGUUGAGAACAAACAAAUAAUAUUCAAAAGUUACAUUGAAGGAAUUCCAAAAGAAACUGAUAUGGAGUUGAAAAUUGUAAAAGAAUUGAAUCUUGAAAAAGUUUCAAAAGGUUCAAAUGGAUUAUUGGUGAAGAAUUUGUAUUUAUCUUGUGAUCCUUUUAUGCGUGGACGAAUGCGCGAUUUUACCGGCUCUUACCUCCCUCCUUUUGUUCCAGGUGAGGUGAUUGAAGGAUUUGGCGUAUCAAAAGUUUUAGACUCGGAUAAUCCAGACUUCAAGCCAGGCGAUAUAAUCUCAGGUUUCACCGGUUGGGAAGAAUACAGCUUAGUAUACAAUACCGAUCAGAUGAGGAAAGUUCAGGCCGAUGAUAUGCCUUUGUCUUAUCAUGUCGGUCUUCUUGGCAUGCCAGGUUUUACAGCGUAUGCUGGAUUUUACGAGGUUUGCAAACCUAAAAGAGGGGACUAUGUUCUCGUUUCUGCUGCCUCAGGAGCCGUUGGUCAGCUUGUUGGCCAACUCGCGAAGUUAUAUGGAUGCUACGUUGUAGGAAGUGCCGGAACAAAACAAAAAGUUGAUAUACUGAAGGAUAGACUCGGAUUCGAUGGAGCAUUCAACUACAAGGAAGAAGCGGACCUUGAUAAAGCUCUCCGAAGACAUUUCCCCGAGGGGAUUGACAUUUACUUUGACAACGUUGGUGGAUCCAUGCUAGACGCAGCAUUGCUCAACAUGAAGAUUCAUGGCCGAAUUGCCCUAUGCGGAAUGGUAUCACAGCAAAGCCUUUCAAAUCCACAAGGGAUACACAACUUGUUACAGCUCAUCACAAAGCGCGUUAAGAUGCAAGGCUUCCUCCAGAGCGAUUAUCUACAUCUAUUCCCGCGCUUUCUUGAAGACAUUACUAGCUUGUACAAGCAGGGAAAGAUAACGUACUUAGAAGACAUGAACGAAGGCCUUGAGAGCGCUCCGGCUGCCUUAGUUGGACUGUUUUCUGGACAGAAUACCGGUAAAAAGGUCAUCCGCGUUGCUCACCAUUGAUCUUACUCGGAUCCCCUCGGGUUUUUUUUCUAGAGACACACAGAUCUUAUCGCUACCUCGGAGUCUAUAAUGACAAGAACCAGGUUCUUUUGCAUAAAGAACAAGGCCUAUGUAGACCAGUUGUAAACUGAUAAGACAAUGAACACUGAUCUAAUAUUAUCAAAUUAAACAUUCAAUAAGAAACACCGGACAUUGACAUGACA